AUGUUCUCUGUCAAGAGUGCGGCGAUCGCAGCAGUUACACUAUGGGUUCUCAUGUUGUUCUACCUAUCAACUCAGCUAUUCGGGCUCCAGACGCGAGCAAACUACGAUAGGGAAGAGGUGAGCGUUCAGUUGGAUGAAGCCCUGCAAAAUCUUCGAGAAUUGAGGAAACAAAAUGAAAACCUCAAAGAAUUGAUACGAGCAGAAAGACAGGAGAGGGUUGAAAAAGAAAAAGAUGCAAUUAGGAAAGCAAGCAAUGCGGGGAUUCUCGAUCGAAAGACAGAGGUGGAUGGCAAGCCAGUGCAGAAGGAUCUGUACACCCUCGAGCACGAGGUGGCUAGACGUCUUCUGGAGACCCGGAUUUGGGAGGUUUACUAUUACCUACAUAAAAGACUCCUCGAACUGCCCGUUAGUGACGCUCGGGUUGCAAAUCACACAGAGGAACAGCUUCUUUCGCUAAUAGCGACUUCUUCAAAUUUCUCCGACGUUGACGCCGCAGCUCUGUGGAGAAGAAACUCGCUGCAGACUAUCACUGACAGUAUACAAGAGAAGAUCCACCAAAUGCAAAAUCCAGAUGACUGCCGAACUGCACAAGCACUGAUCUGUAAUCUCGACAAAGAGUGCGGAUUCGGCUGUCAACUACACCAUGUUGCUUACUGCUUUGUGACUGCAUUCGGAUCGGGAAGGAUGCUGGUACUGAACAAGGAUGGCACAGCGUGGAGGUACUCAAGGAAAGGCUGGGUGGGCGCUUUCCAACCAGUGACGAAAUGCAAAUAUGAUGACGUCAUAGGAUCAGACAUUCCUGCUCCUUACUCUCUCGUGUCGAACGCGCGCGUGGUUCAACUCGGCAUAGUGGAUGGAUUGGCAAACAAGCCACCAUUCUUACCGCUAUCAAUACCUAGACAGCUUUCUGAGCAACUACUGAAACUUCACUCAAACCCUCCCGCAUUCUUUAUAAGUCAGUUUAUCUGGUAUCUAAUGAGGAACGGCGAACAUUUCAAGACCGCUUUGGACAUGCAAAUCUCGGGGAUGCCCUUUGGUAAAGGUCCGAUAGUGGGAUUACAAGUACGUCGAACUGAUAAAGUUGGAACAGAAGCGACAUAUCACUCUGUCGAUGAGUACAUGCAAUGGACAGAGAUAUGGUUCAAGAUACAAGAAAAGAAGCAAGCAAGAAGUGUGAAGCGUCGCAUCUUCGUCGCAACUGACGAUCCCUCUGUUAUAUCGGAGAUUAAGGCGAAGUACGUCAACUACGAAUUAUACGGGGAUACAAAAACAGCUAACACAGCUCGAUUGGAAAGUCGCUAUACGGAUAGUUCAUUGUUCGGAGUGGUCAGAGACAUAAGGCUGCUUAGUAUGUGCGACUAUUUAGUGUGCACAUUCUCUAGUCAGGUGUGUCGAAUGGGAUUUGAACUCAUGCAAGUGCAACAAGGUGAUGCUGGAGAACGAUUUCAUUCUUUGGAUGAUGUGUACUAUUAUGGGGGGCAACAUGCUCAUGAUCUUGUCGCAGUCGAAGACCACAUACCUGAGAAUCCUGAAGAGAUCGAAUUACGAGUCGGAGACGUCAUAGGUAUCGCUGGCAACCAUUGGGAUGGUUUCUCCAAGGGAAUGAACAAAAGAACUGGUGCUAGCGGAUUAUACCCUUCGUAUAAGGCGAUCGAAAAAUGGCGGAUAGUCGAUUUUCCAACUUUGAGUUGA